AGAACGGUUUAAAGUGGUUGUUUUUAUAGUUCCGGUUAAAUUUGGCUCUAUAUUCGCUGAUUGUAUUCUUAUAUUUUUUUUGUUUUGCUUGUUUGUUUUUCAAAAAUAAUUAAUUUACUUAAUUUUAAUAUUAACCUUGUAAAUUAUUCAGUUUGUAAAAAUUUUGUUUUAUAAUUACCAAAAAAAAGACAAGUUUGUAAUUAAUUUAGAAGUUGCAUCGCAAAAUUAUGAGAUAACUAUUUAAGAGUUAAUCUUAUAAUAGAGUAAUGCUAUCAAUAAAAUUGAAACGUAGAACUUUCUGACAAUCAAUGCAGCGUACAGUGCCCAUUAUAAUAAUAUUAGUUUUAAUUGUAUUCUUUUUAUUAUAUUAUAUUUUAUAUAAUAGUGCGAUACUAAAUCAAUAUAAAAUUUUAUCAAAUUAUCAACCAAAAACCUAUACUAAGGAUCAACAUGUUAUAUUAUUAUGGACAAAAUUUUUCGCAGUACCAAAUUGGGGUCUACCAAAUGAAACCGUUGAUCAUAAUUAUUUCAUAAAACAAAAAUGUCCAAAAACAAAUUGUAUUAUAACAUCAAAUCGUGAUCAUUUAAAUUCAAUAAUUGAUUAUGAUGCAAUAUUAUUUCAUGGUGCAGAAAUAUUUCCAAUUAUUCAACCGACACCAUUAGAACGUUCACCAGAUCAAUUAUAUGUAUUUGCGAUACAAGAAUCUCCAGCUGAAACAAAACAUAAUUUAAAAACAGAUUAUGAUUUUUUUAAUUUAACAAUGUCAUAUAGAUUAGAUUCUGAUAUAUUAUGGCCUUAUAAUGGUAUUAAAGAUAUUCAAAGUAAUAUUGUAAUAGCACCAAAUUAUAUGCCAUCAUGGAGAGAACCAGAUAAUAUAAACAACAGUUCUAAUGAAUAUAAUGAAUUAAUAAAAUUAGUUGAAAAUAAAAAUAAAAUCGGUGCAUGGUUUGUUUCACGUUGUAAUGUUUUAGCAAAUAGAAUUAAAUUGGCUUAUGAAUUACAAAAAUACAUGACAAUUGAUAUUUAUGGAAAAUGUGGAAAUUUAACAUGCCCAAGAGGAUCACCAAUUUGCGAUAAACUAUUAGAUGAAAAUUAUAAAUUUUAUUUUUCUUUUGAAAAUUCUCUUUGCAUCGAUUAUGUAACUGAAAAAUUAUAUAAUGCCUUAAAGAGAAAAAUUGUACCUGUGGUUUUUGGUGGUGCAGAUUACAUGCGUUUUGCUCCACCAAAAUCUUAUAUAAAUGCUGAACAUUUUGAUACAAUAAAAGAUUUAGCUGAUUAUUUACUGUAUUUAGAUAAAAAUCCAUCUGAAUAUAUUAAAUAUUUUUGGUGGAAAAAACACUAUAAAGUUGAAAUAAAUCAUAAUACUGGUUUUUGCCAAUUAUGUACGUUUUUAAAUCAACCAAAUCGUAUUAAUAGAAAACAAAUAUAUGGAGAUAUUGAAAAUUGGUGGCUUGGUAAUUCGUGUCGUUUAAAACCAAAAUUAAAAGAAUUACAUUAAUUUUGUUAAUUAGAAGUAAAAAAAUUCAAUUCAUUCUUUUAUUUUUGAUAUAAUAUUGCUUAUUUAUGUUAAAAUCUAUGUAUUUGUCCAGUUUAAAGCUUUAUUGAGUAUGAGUUAUAUGAAUGUAUAGAAUAGCUUGAAUCAAGUUAAUAGAGUAGUAGAAACGUUUGUUGCCUCAACAUUUUUAAAUUUUGCCUUAAUAAAUAAAUUUUAUUAUAGUAUUAUAAUAUAGUUAUGUACAUAUAAUAUAUAUAUUAUAUGUUAUAUAAUGUAAUUUUAAUUAAACAGAAUUCGGAUAAAUUUAAAAUUUUGAAUAAAAAUAAAAAAUUAAAUUAUUUCAUUUAUGAUGAAACAAUCACUGCGAUAGAAUUCUGUACUUAUGUAUAUUAUAUG